AGGUCGGGCCCGCACCGCCGUCACUGACGUCGGCCGUCCACUCGCGACUUGUGCCUGCUCUGCACGUCGACUUGUGCCUGCACGUCUUUGACAUCAUCUAGGGGGAGGGCGGGGGCAUCCAUUUGAUGGAGCCGAACCGAAUUCAAACCAAGUUGCAAGUACGGCUGGAGUUCCACGAGAUGGCGCCAUUGCAGCACUCAGCGUGCGGGCAAAGUGCCUUGCAGCAAGCAACUGGAGGUGAAGAGCCAGAGCCAGAGCCGGCCGGCCGGCAGCAGUGCCUGAAGCAGGCUAUCACGGCCACGACCAGGAGGACAAGGAGUGCCUGAAGCGGGCCAUUACGGCUCUGCUCAACCUUCAGAGCAGCGUGGAGAGGAUCUGCACUGGCGGCCUGGCCAAGCGCACUCUCAGGUCCGUAUGAGAGCGGCCGAGGGGUGGCUGGGGGGGGUCAGGAAGUGACGCGGGUGGUCGGUCGGGCAGGGCGGUUCUGCUCAUUGUUCUGAGCAGCCAGAGAGGAAACAAUGCAGACAAGAAGCAAACGGGCUUCCAGGAGAGCAGAGGCGGCCGUCAAAAGGUGAAGGGAGACCGGGCGGCUUACCGAGACGUGAGCGGGCCGAGGUCCCGUGACGCGCCGCGUCGCGUCGCCUUCAUACCUCUGGGGUUUAGGCGCUAAAGUGAUUAGCCCAGGCUCAGCACACGGACGGACGGGGUGGGUGGGUGGGCCCGCUCUCGCUUGCCGCGUCGGCCCGCUCUCGCUUGCCGCGUCGGCCGUCACGUCGGCGGGCCGUCCGAGCUGACAUGGCCCUCUGACCUCACGCUGACGGCCGAUCAAAAGUGGGAUAAUCCGUCGAGACGGGAAACACGAGCGGGCCUGGGAGCGGGAUGUUUGAGCGGGAUUUGCUUUGAGCACUAGAAUCAGGUCCAGGAUUUUGCGUCGGAAUGACGGCGUUGAGAAAAAAGUAGAAGGGUCCAAAUUUUCUGGCGGACGCGUGGCGGAUGCGUGGCAGCGCGUCGGCGAGCCGCCCGCACAGCCCGCGGAUGAAGGGCGAACGCUCGGCCGUGGAGAAGAUGAACGAGAUCCAGAAGAACAUCGACGGCUGGGAGGGCAAAGACAUCGGCCAGUGCUGCCGCCGCUUGGUCAUGGAGGGAACGCUGAACCGAGUGGGCGCCAAGAACCGGCGCCACGUCUUCCUCUUUGACGGCCUCAUCGUCUGCUGCAAGUCCAACCACGGCCCCGGCUCUUCCGCCGAGUACCGCCUGGAGGAAAAGUUCUUUGUCCGCAAGGUCCGGAUCAACGACAAGGACGACAAGGAGGGCGAGUACCGGCACGCCUUUGAGAUCGUCCCCAAGGACGGCAGCGGCGCCGUCUUUGCGGCCAGGUCGGCCCAGGAGAAGAACGGCUGGAUGGCGGCGCUGGUGUCGCUGCAGUACGGUGUCACGCUGGACGGCAUGCUGGGCGCCGCCAUGCAGGAGGAGCAGCAGCGCCUGCGCCUGCCCGCGCCCCACCUCUACCGCUUCGCCCAGCCCGACUCGGAGGAGAACGUGCUGUUCGAGGACGCCGGGCGAUCCAAGUCGGGCGUUCCCGCCGUCAAAGCCGGCACCCUCCUCAAGCUCGUCGAGAGGCUCACCUUCCACACCUAUGCCGAUCCCAAUUUUGUUCGAACGUUUCUGACGACCUACAGAUCUUUCUGCAAGCCACGGGAGCUGCUGGACCUGCUCAUUGAGAGGUUUGAGAUUCCUGAGCCGAGACCCGACGAGGCGGAUCGGCCGGACGGAGGGGAGCGGCCCGUCGGCGCUGAGCUCAAACGCUUCCGCAAAGAAUUUGUGCAGCCCGUCCAGCUCCGAGUCCUAAACGUGUGCCGUCACUGGCUGGAGCACCACUUUUACGACUUUGAGAGGGACGCUCAUCUGCUGGGACGGCUGGAGGACUUUGCGGCGUCGGUCCGAGGCAAGGCCAUGAGGAAGUGGGUGGAGUCCAUCACAAAGAUUAUCCAGAGGAAGAAAGAGGCGGCCGUCAGGCCGGGCCACGGCGGGCCAGGCCACGGCGGGCCGGGCCGCAGCGGCGUGGCCUUCCACCACCACCGGGACCCUCAGCCGGCCACCGAGUGGCACGUCUGCGAGCCGGGCCGCCCCGAGCACUUUGACCUCAUGACGCUUCACCCCAUCGAGAUCGCCCGCCAGCUCACCCUGCUGGAGUCCGACUUGUACAGGGCGGUGCGGCCGUCCGAGCUGGUGGGCAGCGUGUGGACCAAAGAGGACAAAGAGAGCCUCUCUCCCAACCUGCUGCGGCUGAUCCGCCACACCACCAACUUGACCCUCUGGUUUGAAAAGUGCAUCGUGGAGACGGAGAACUUGGAGGAGCGAGUGGCGGUGGUGUCGCGCAUCAUCGAGAUCCUGCAAGUCUUCCAGGAGCUCAACAACUUCAACGGAGUCCUGGCGGUGGUCAGCGCCAUGGACUCCUCGCCCGUGUACAGGCUGGAGCACACCUUUGAGCAAAUUCCCAGCCGUCAGAGGAAGAUUCUGGAAGAAGCUCACAAGCUGAGCGAAGACCACUACAAGAAGUAUUUGACUAAACUGCGCUCCAUCAACCCCCCCUGUGUGCCCUUCUUUGGCAUCUACCUGAGCAACAUCUUGAAGACCGAGGAGGGCAAUCCGGACUUCCUGCUUCACCACGGCAAGGAUUUGAUCAACUUUAGCAAGCGGAGGAAAGUGGCGGAGAUCACGGGUGAGAUCCAGCAGUACCAGAACCAGCCGUACUGCCUGCGGUUGGAGAGCGACAUCAGGAAGUUCUUUGAAAAGCUCAACCCGCUGGAGGAGCUGUGCGAGAACGACUUUGGCGAUCGGCUGUUCAGCAAGUCCCUGCUCAUCGAGCCGCGCAACGCCCGCACGCCGCCGCGCUAUGCCAAGAGGUACACGUGUCCCCUGAAGUCCCCGGGUAUCCGUCCCACGUCGGCGCAGCGCGGCCCCGCGUGCCAGCCGCGCAAGAUCAGCUACGGCCCCGACGGCGCUCCCGACUCUCCCCGCACGCCGCUGACUCCGCCCCCGGCCGGCAGCGUCUUUGACUCACCGCGGGUGCCCAGCAGCCCCGCCUACUCCGGGUCGUCCUCCUUUGGCGGCCACCCCGACCACGCGGCCCAGUUGCCGCCGCCCGUGCUGCCCCGCCGAAGACCCGAGUCGGCGCCGGCCCAGUCGUCCCCGUCCAAGAUGCGGUCCGAGCCGGACGGCCCGCCGGCCGUGCCGCCUCUCUGGGCCGCCUGCGAGCUCCUCCCCCCCCGCCGCUCGUCACUGUCGUCCCCUCCCGACAGCCCGCCGCUCGGCUCGCCCCUGUGCUUGCUGCCGCCCCCCCGGGGACGCUCCCGCCGCGAGCUGCCGGCGGCCCGGGCUUUCUUUCCCGUGGCGGCCUGCCCGGGCCCCUCCGCCACCUCACCCGUGUCCGGGAGGAUGCCGCCCCCCUCGCCGGGACUGCCCUUCCUGCUUGACGGCGCGUCCCCCAAAAGCUACAAGAGGGACUCUCUGAGCCACAACCCCCUGCCGGACACCCCCCCUGCGCUGUGACCAAUCGGGGCCUCCGGCAAAUGCGACACUGCUCAUAGUGGACCGACCCAGCCCAGUGCCAUGCCUUCAGGUACCAGAGCCAAAGAGGUAGUACAUUUGCGUUAAGACACUUGUUUGUCACAAGGGAAUAAAAGUUGAGUCGAUGCCACAAUCACCACUUUAUUGAGGAACAAAAAAAGAAUGGCACAUUCAAGUCCACGAUACAAAGUUUCACAAAUUCCCAUCAGCGCCUCCAGAUAAAUUGUUUGAAAUUUGACACGUCUUGGGCCCAGGCAAAAAGCAAGCCCCCGCAAAUUGGCACCGUCAGCUGAUUCAAAAUAAAUGCGUCCAGAAAGACA